CGCACCUGCCCCGGCGGGACGCUCCGCACCGCACCGCACCGCGCCGCACCGCACCUGUCCCGGCGGGACGCUCCGCACCGCACCGCACCGCACCGCGCCGCACCGCACCUGCCCCGGCGGGACGCUCCGCACCGCACCGCACCGCGCCGCACCGCACCUGUCCCGGCGGGACGCUCCGCAGUGCUCCGCACCUGCCUCAGCGGGACGCUCCGCACCGCACCUGUCCCGACGAGACGCAUCGCACUUCUCCGCCUCACAACCGCCCAGCCGGACACGCCGCACCGCACCACACCUGCACCACACCGCUCCGCAUCUGUCUCAACGGGACGCGCCGCACCUCUCCGCCUCGCACCCGCCCGGCGGGACGUACCGCAUCACACCCCACCUCUCCGCACCUGUCCCGGCUGAACGCGCCGCACGUCUCCGCCCCGCACCAGCCCCGGUGGGCCACAGGUUACCACGGUACUCCAGCAGAGCCCCGUCCCCAUCCCCUUCCUCCUGCGCCGGCUGCCCCGUGCCGGCCCUGCGAGGGCAGCAGCUGCUGCUUUGAUUUUGGAGCAGAUCCUUGGCGAGCCCCUCCGACAGCAUGGGGCAGUUCACCAUCUGGGACUAUGUGGUCUUUGCGGCCAUGCUGCUGAUCUCGGCUGUCAUCGGGGUCUACUAUGCCUUCGUGGGAGGCGGGCAGAAGACAUCUACCGACUUCCUCAUGGGGGGCCGCAGCAUGAACGCUGUCCCUGUGGCACUCUCUCUCACGGCCAGCUUCAUGUCAGCUGUCACUGUGCUGGGCACCCCUGCUGAGAUCUACCGCUAUGGUGCCAUCUUCUGUGUCUUUGCCAUCACCUAUGGCCUGGUGGUGCUGUGCAGUGCCGAGAUCUUUCUGCCUGUCUUCUACAAGCUGGGCAUUACCAGUACCUAUGAGUAUUUAGAACUUCGAUUUAAUAAAUACCUGCGCCUCUGUGGAACAGUGCUCUUCAUUAUACAAACGAGUUUGUACACUGGUAUUGUCAUUUAUGCUCCGGCUUUAGCACUAAAUCAAGUCACUGGCUUUGAUUUGUGGGGUGCUGUGGUGGCAACUGGUGUGGUCUGCACUUUCUACUGCACACUGGGUGGUCUGAAGGCAGUGGUGUGGACAGACGUUUUCCAGGUUGGAAUCAUGGUCGCUGGAUUUUCAUCUGUCAUUAUACGAGCUGUGGUGAUUCAGGGGGGAAUCGAACGCAUUGUAAAUGAUUCCUACCAUGGAGGAAGAUUGAAUUUCUGGGACUUUAAUCCCAAUCCUUUGCAAAGGCAUACUUUCUGGACGAUUGUUAUAGGUGGGACUUUCACAUGGACUAGCAUAUAUGGAGUCAACCAGUCUCAAGUACAGAGAUACAUUGCAUGCAAGAACAGGUUCCACGCAAAAAUGUCCCUCUACAUCAACCUGUUGGGCCUCUGGGCAAUCCUUGUCUGUGCAGCACUCUGCGGCCUGUCCCUGUACUCCAUCUACAAGGACUGCGACCCGUGGACGGCAAAGCAGGUGUCGGCACUUGACCAGCUGAUGCCGUACCUAGUGCUGGAUAUUUUUGAGAAGUUCCCAGGACUGCCAGGGCUUUUUGUGGCUAGUGCCUACAGUGGGACAUUAAGUACAGUGUCCUCCAGUAUCAAUGCGCUGGCUGCUGUGACUGUCGAAGAUCUCAUUAGGCCAUACUUCAAAUCCCUCUCUGAAAAGAAGUUGUCGUGGAUUUCCAUGGGGAUGAGCCUGUUUUAUGGUGGAGUCUGCAUUGCUAUGGCUGCAUUGGCAUCUCUCCUGGGAGCCUUGUUGCAGGCAGCUCUCAGCAUUUUUGGUAUGGUUGGUGGCCCCCUUUUAGGACUGUUUUCCUUGGGAAUCCUCUGCUCCUUUGCGAAUGGAAUUGGUGCAUUUGUGGGUCUUCUCAGUGGCUUCGUUAUUUCACUUUGGGUUGGAAUCGGUUCUCAGAUUUAUCCUCCACUCCCAGAAAGGACCAAGCCACUGUAUCUCUCAACUACAGGCUGUAAUACAUCCUUUGAAAAUUUGACAUCCACAGAAAAUCCAUUAACAACAGUCUUCAGCACUCCAACUGUGGAGAGGCCUGCCUUGGCAGACAACUGGUAUUCCGUGUCUUACCUCUACUUCAGCACACUUGGAACACUUACCACAGUAGCUGUGGGAAUAAUUAUCAGCCUCCUAACAGGAGGACUAAAGCAGAACAUAGAUCGUAAAUUCCUACUCACCAAGGAGGAUUUCCUGUCCAACUUCUCAUGGUCUAAGUCUGAGACAACAGAGAAAGUGGAAGUGUUGAAAUGCAGAGCGCUUUCUGCAGCAGCUGAAGGAACUGACAACCCUGCUUUCAGCCACAUUGAAAUGGAUGUUGCAAGCAAUAAAAACGAAGUCAAUGGCCUUCAUAUAUGACAUGGAGCCACGUCAGCCCACGAGGACCAUUUUGUUCAUGUAAAACACCAUUGACAUUCCUGUGAUGGGUCAGUUACUAGCCCUGCUGGGGUCAUGGACAGGCAUCUGCUGAGCUUUACAGCACUGUCACCCUUGCAUGACCUUGACAUUAGUCAAGAAAGGAAUCAGGUCUUUCUUGCACUUCCUCACUCUUGCACUCUGUAUCUUGGUGACAGGGCUUAAGGUGAUGUUUCUGUGUGAAAUGUUAGCCUGAUAUUUUUGAACCUCCUGGAAAAUAUCUGCUUUUAAUCUCAGUUCACUCUGAGAGUAAAGUUUUUAUUUGGUAAGAGCACUGUUCCCCCAGACAUAGCUGUUUUUCUGGUUUCUUUUUUUUCCUUUUCUUUUAGGGGUUUGAAAGUAUGAAGAGAUUAGGGCUGUGAAGCUUUAUCAGAUUGCAGGAAACCGGAUCUUUUUUUAGUGCAGGUGUCUUUAGUGCCAUCUGGUUCCAUUGUAGAACUGAUCCUGAGAGCAUAUUUAUUUUGCUCUUUAUGUCAUAUAUUUGUUCUUAGCAAAUCACUUGUUUCCUGAUUACCUUCAUCUCCUCCUCUGUGCUCCCUACCUGAAGAUACAAGAGUCUCUUGGUCAUGGGUAGAGACAAGAGUCAGUAAAAUCUUUCCCUUCAAGCCCUGUUUCCCUUUUCUGCCCAGUCUUGCCCCUACAGAGUGGGUCCUCAUGAAGAAAAUGAGCUGUUUCGGGGGUUUUAUUCAAUGCCAUGCAGCAGAACCACAGAAGUCAUCUUCUUCAUGCUCAGUGUGCUGGCCUAGGACUGCACUUUCUCUGGGCUAGGCACAGCAUGGCAGGGAUGGUAACAUAAGAAGAGGGUCUUUUUUAUGGUACUAGACAAGAGGGAAGUCUGCACCUGCAGUUGCCACUGCUGUUAUCUACAAGGAUGUUGAGCUGAAACAUCAUGUAGCCAUUUGUGUUCAUGCAGUCUCUCUGGAGUUUCACGUUCAGGGUUGUGGAUCAGGCAAUACCACGUCAUAUGUGUUUUUCAGGCAGGCAGAGUUCACUGCAUAAUCCCCCAGGAUGGGGAAGGGAUGGCAGAGGAUGUCAUUUGAAGAUGUGAAGGUUGCUCCAGGGUGUGGAUUAGCUUAUCCUCUGGCUGGACUGCUGUGACCACUCCAGACUAUGCCCUGUGCUGGUGGUUUGGGAGAGUGAAAACCCUCAUUUCUUCCUUCUUCUGUGUGCUUGCUGGUACGGCAGGGAACAGACUCUGACCCACUGUGGGUUUUUUUGUACUGCAGAAUUUUUGUUGUGGCUGUACAUGCAUGUUUAAAACUCCCCUGCAGCUGGAAAACAAAAGCCAUUGCAGGAAAGUCAAGCUGUGAAGCUUAUAAAGCAGUCAUGCUUGAGAAUCAAAUUGAAAAACUGACUGCUUGUCUUAAAUAAUUUCUAAAAGUAAUGCUGCAUUUGUGCCAGGUGCUGAGCUACUGUAACUUGGACUAUGACAGAAUGCUAGUUUAUCUAUUUUGACUGAGGCCCUUUAACACCUAAAAAAAUUUAUUCCAUGCCUCUCUGACAGAGGGAGUUUGAUCUAUUGCAGGAGAUGAACUGAUGGGAUUAGAAAACACUAUGAAGAAAAAAUGGGCUCCAAGGAGCAGACCUCUUCUAGAGGAGUACAGGCCAGACAGACAUGGACAGGCUGCACCUGCGGCAUGUCUCCAUUGGCUAACCCCACGCAAAAUUACUUCAUGGAGGCAGGUUUCCUUUUGGUUGAUCCAAUGCAGAGCUUAGGGCCAGCCGCUUGUCUCCCAUUCCUCUGCUGCAGCUCUGGGACCAGUUAAGUCCCUAAAGCCACUGUGUGGAAGGGCUGUGAGUGAGCAGGAUAGAUCCCAUGAGUUAUAUGUUGUGACCAUAUAUCUAAGUUCUGGGACAAACAACAGCAUCCUGAAUAAAGUCUUCUGGGAUUCAGGACAGAGGUCUCUCUUCUGGGACUCUCCUUGUCACUCUGAGAUGACCAGUCUACUGACAGAGUGAGCUGGCUAUGCUUCUCAAGUUUCAAUGCAGCUUAUUCAGCCUUGUGCUUUGUCUUCAUGACACAGAAAUAGAUACUACCCUGCUGUGGAAUAGUUCUUGACCCUUGGAAUAUAAUAAAUUGUACUUACCAUGUACUUUCAGUCCACAGAUCUGAAAGAGGGUAUGUGCUGGUAUCUCCACACUGCUGCAAAGUGCUGGGAUGGACCAUCCUCUGUGUACCUGUGCUUCAUGAUACAGAGUAAGCUGUAGACAGGGAGAAUAGAAGCUUGUAGAAAGCUCUUGACCUGUGCCUACUGAUAUAGCUGCAGCCCUCCCAACACAAGUGCCAAACUCCUGUCUGACCAUGCUUCUUGGGAGGAUGACUGAUUGCUGCUGUGUUAAACAUCAUCACGGCCUUCACUGCACCACUCUGUGCUGGGAUCACUGUGCUGUAAUUGAUCCUGCACUAAACUGUCUCAGAUGAUCUGUGACUUCUACCUGUUUUGUUUGUGGAGACUAAUCUUCCCAGUUAUCACAGUUAAAAAACAGAGUACCAGUAAGAUUUUUUUUUUCCCUCAGUGCUCUGAAUUCACAUACUUGUUUAAAAAAGAGAAAUGUGUGAAUGACCAACUUAUCUUCAGUUGAAGUCACUAUUUGAGCAUUCAGCAGUCAUUAAACUAAUUUUGGUAUGAAGUAAAUGUUUGGGCCAUGUGAUAUUUUUUGGUCCAGAAAUAUGAUGUCAAGAUGACUUCUCACUGGGGAGAAUAUCUUGCUGUAAGCAGAUAGAGACAAAUAUUCUUAAGCUUUGCAGGUGAUGCCUGCAACUACCCUAUUUCUUGCUAACUACCCUCUCAUCAUUGCCACAGAGCUACAAAGUGACUCUUUCUGCUUUACUUUUUUUAUAUGUUUCUUGUUUUAAUUGGCAUCACUAAUUAAGGCAAUUAAUUUUUAAUGGUAUUUUGUCUGGGUUCCAGGGCCUUGUCUGUGUAAAAACAGCAAGAUAAUCCAUGAUAUCUUCAUAUGUCUUGCAUCCUGACUCUUCACCUCUCCCAUCCCUCCUGGCAAAGAAAUUCAGGAUGCUCAAAACAGUUAAAUUCUGUAGGAGUGGGAGCACUCCACAUUGUCUAAAUUACGCACAGCAUCUGGCAGUCAGAAGACAAAACAAGUAUAAAUAUAUAGAAAAAAAGAACAAAAAAUGCAACAGAAACAAUAUUUGACUAUGUGAAUAUACAAAGGAUCCACAGAGAGAAAGUAUGGACAUACUUUGGCUUUUUUAGGUCUGCAUUGAAAUUUGCUUCUACCUGACUGGUCUGUUUGCUUGCUGAACAAAUGAGAUAAACAGAAAAUAACUUGUGAAUACCAAACAGGGAUUAUUUCAUGUGCAUAAUUUAUUUUAAAGUUUAUUGCAUCACAUUAUACAAGCAUUAAACAUGGCUUCAUGUUGAUGAUUGUUUUUUAAAGUGUGAAAACUUGACAUUCUUCUCCUUAGGAUUCUUCUAUUUACAGAUAAACAAUCUCUCUAUAUACUUUAUAUAUAUAUUAUAUAUAUGGCAAGUAAUGUAACUCCCCUCAGAAAGAUUUAAAAUAAAAAAACCCAACUGAUUUGUAAACAUGGUUUCUGUUGUAGUAUUUGGUGGCUCAAGCGCAGAUGAUGUCCUAUACCUAAGAUUUUUCUUUUGUCAAAGUAUCCAGGUGGUUCAUUUACAUUAUUUUACUCUAGGAUCUGUAAAACUGACAUGGGACAGAAUGCAAAAAACCGUAGCAAACAGGCUGAAAAACAGUCCCAAUAUACAGGAUUUUUUCCAUGGUUUUAAAAACUGGCAUGUAACUGCUCAUGAAGUACAUGCUUGCUGUCAAGAGCGGUCUAUAGAGAUCAAUCCUAUGCUGAUUGCGUGAUGAUUUCACAGUAAAUCCUUUGAUG